UUUUGGUGUUCGGUUAUCUUUGCUUCUUGGUUUGAGCGUCCUAACCACAAACAGGUUCAGAAGUAGAUGGAGGAAGGGGGAGAGGACGACAACGACAACGGCAACAACAACAACGACGACGACAAGGGAGAGGAAGCAGAGGAGGAGGAAAGGACAUCGUUUGCAUUUUCUGGGGUUGUUUCUAAGCGUUUCACAUUGUCUUGUAUGGAUACCCCGUCAGUCGAGCUACAGCUCCUGACAUGUAUGUUUUCGGAUUUGUUUUUGGACUUGUUUUGGGAUUUGUCUUGGGGAUUGGACAUUCGGCAUUAGCAUUGGGCAUCACGCAUGGCGCAUGAGAUUUGAAAGACUUUGAGGAACAGCGGAUGGUUAUGUAUUUAGUCGUGCCUUCAGGUUACUGUACAGCCCCUUCGGUUCGACGAUUUGUACUUACGAAGGCAAAACUUACGAAGGCAAAUACCCAAGAAACACUUUUA